AUGAUCACUGAGGCAUUGAUUGUUUUUUUUUUUUUAUUUCAGGAUGUCGAGGAGUACAAAAAUAAUGCCGAGCCGGAACUAGUGAUUCCCUUGGUGUGGACGAGUAAACGGAGCCUGGAGGUCGAGGAGCUUACCAGUGAAAGAGAAUUAUUAUCACCAGGAGCAGCAGCAGCCAUGGCCUCGACCAGCGGGCACAAGAGAAACGGCUCAAGCUCUAGCAUGUUCGCCCACAGACGUACCGAGUCCGGCAGCGGGUUUAUCGGACAUAAACGCCCUGAAACCGGACACAAGCGAGCUGAGAGUAUAUCAACAGCCUUUGGCCACAAGAGAAAUGACAGCUACGGUGGCUUUGGUCACAAGAGGUCAUUUAUUACAUCUGAAUCCGGCAGCAAUUACCAUGCAGGACACCGCAGAAACGAAAGUAUGUACGCGAUGACUGGAUUGUACGCUGAAAGCGCAGGAAAUAUUAUCGACGACCCUCUGGACCUGCCUCAACUGAGCGAUGGCAGAUUAACACAUGACACAGUGAUCAGGUGUCACAGUAGGAAUCCAAGUUCUGGUCUUGUAGAUCACAGUAUGGCAGCAUUUGGACCAGUCUUGGGAUUCCUAUUAGGCGCAUACCUUCUCUCCUUUCACAUGGAUUCAUUUUCAGCUAAUAUAAUUAGCAUAGAUCCCGGCGAUCACAGAUGGGUCGGAAUGUGGUGGGGUGGAUUUUUAUUAUGCGGUCUUUUACUUAUUCUCGUGGCAAUACCAUUCUUCAGUUUUCCCAAGACUCUUCAGCACGAGAAAGAGAAGAUUAAGAUCAUCGAGAAGAACAAGUCGGCGAUUGCCAAAGAAAAGGAAGCUAAUAAGGAUUUAAAAAAGGAAGUUAAAAAUGACGACAGCGGCUACGGAAAAGAUGUUAAAGUUGACAAUUUUCAUCAAUGUAACUUUAAAUUGAAUAGACUAACGGAGAAAGAGCGACCGCAAACACCACCCAUUAAUCCAGACUCCAAAGACUGUGGUAUAUUAAGCUGUAGACCAGCCUUUAUACAGAAGUUCGCUACGAUAAAGGUUUUCGUGUUUCUACUGUCAUUCCUUGUCACGGUCCAGCAAGCACUAAGCUCAGGUUACAUAAAUUCAGUAAUCACAACAAUUGAAAAAAGAUUUGAGAUCCCAUCAAGUUUAUCAGGUCUCAUUGCUAGUUCAUAUGAAAUCGGGAAUGUUAUCACUGUUAUAUUUGUCAGUUAUCUUGGUAGCCGCAGACAUAUACCUGUUUGGAUUGCCAUAGGUGCAGUGAUAAUGGGACUCGGUUCAAUGAUCUUCAUGAUACCCCACUUUGUUGCGGAGCCCAACUUGACGACAGCAUCUAACAACUCCAGUUCUGAUAACAUUUGCCGUGUAGUAUCUCUGCGUGAGCAAGAUAUGGGACUGGGUCGACUUUCAUCGGGGUUAUCAUCACCACCACUGGCACCACACAAUAAUUUACGUGGUGACAAUUGUAUUCAAGGCUCGCCAUCAACUGCCGGGCCUGUUAUGCUCUUUGUGCUGGCGCAGCUACUGCUUGGUUGCGGUGGUUCGCCUCUCUUUACACUUGGUACUACUUACAUAGACGACCACGUCAGACCAGAAAGUGCUUCUUUGUAUAUCGACAUUCCUCGAAGCAUGUGGCGGCUUGUUUGCAAUCCCGUGUACGUGGUAACGUGCCUAGGAGCCUGCAUGGAGUUAGUUAUUGUCUCGGGUUUUGUGGUUUUUCUGCCGAAAUAUCUCGAGACCCAGUUUAGCUUGGGCAAAAGCCAAGCGAGUAUAUUCACCGGUUCGAUAGCAAUACCAGGUGCUUGCAUUGGUAUAUUUUUCGGCGGGUGUCUUUUAAAACGUCUGGAAUUAAGGCCAAAAGGCGCGGUACAGUUUGUACUGGUAUCAAAUAUCAUAUGUUUAACUUGUUAUGGAUUAUUAUUUUUCCUCGGAUGUGACAAUGUCAAAAUGGCUGGAACAACAAUACCAUAUUUCAAUAGCAGUACAAAAGGCCCUGAGCCAUUUCAGGUUAAUCUCACUGCCUCAUGCAAUUUUGGAUGUGAGUGUCGUAUGAAUGACGUCGAACCUGUUUGUGGUAAUAAUGGUCUCACGUACUUCAGCCCUUGUCACGCUGGUUGCACUGACUUUAGCUCUAAGUCUAAUUUUACUAAUUGUGCUUGUAUACACGGAAACUUAGCAAUUCCAAGAUUACCAGCCGAAGUAACAGCAAUUCCUGUUGCUACAUCUGGACCCUGUACAUCACCUUGUAAAACAAUAUUUCCGUUUCUCAUUUUAUUAUUUUUCAUGACAUUCGUUGUAGCUGUUACACAGAUGCCACUGUUGAUGAUUGUACUGCGAUCUGUGGGCGAAGAAGAAAGAUCAUUUGCACUGGGAAUGCAGUUUGUCAUCUUCCGACUGUUUGGUUACAUACCAGCGCCAAUACUCUUUGGAAAUUUAAUAGACUCGACGUGUUUACUCUGGAAGAGUACUUGUGGCGAAAAGGGUGGUCGCUGUUUACUUUAUGACAUUGAACAAUUUAGAUAUAGAUACGUUGGACUGUGUGCUGGAAUAAAAAUUCUAGCAUUAGCGUUAUUUUUAGUCGACUGGUGGUUGGUGAGACGAAGGCACCAGCUUGAAGAGUCGCCUAAAGGAUUAACCGUUAAUGAUAUCGUCGGCUCUAUUAUUAGUCUUGACAAACUGUUCGAAGAGAAGCCUCAGCAUCUUAAUUUAGCGGAGAAUGAUGCAAUGACGCAGAACUCGACAGAGCACACACCGUCCUCGAUCUCAUCGCCAACCGAGCAAACAAAAUCAACAAACUUAGAAGAAAGUGAGUCGACACACUUGACCCAAGGCUCGAUGGACACGACAAAUCACUCGAAACUACUCGCCGAUUUUUCAGACACCAGGCAAGAUGACGACGUUGAAUUUAGGCCUCUUAACAGUAAAUUUGAAUCUAACGACCGUCACGUUUAA